UUCGAUCCUAGCAGUGGCACAUCUAUACAAGUACCUUCGUACCAGCAAUACUAUCCAUCGCAAUCGCAUCACUGUGGUGGAGGUAAUUACGACCCAAACAAUACUACUCUGAAGCCUGCCGUAGUUGUGCACCACCAGCCGGUGUCACACACACAGCCCACGCUCGCGCCCCCAGCGCCGGUUGGUUAUCAUCAUCAGCCCUAUCAGCAGUAUCAACAACCGCCGCCCCAGCAUUCCAAACAGCAGUCAAGCUUCAUAAAUCGACUGUGUGCUUGCUUUGCCUAGCGUGGCCUACGCGAUGGCGAAGAUGGUCGGUAAUGACGCUCAGGCAUCCGUCCGCGAAGUCGCACCAUACGGACAUCCUGCCGCCCCACAAGAUGACCACGAAGCUAACCAGAGGCGUCUGGGACAGUCAGUCAUAGAGCGCAACGGUUUGAUCGCACCUAAGGGCUACGCACAUAUCUUCUCUCCAUGGACUACGAUGAAAUGGGAGCGCCCCAACUUCUACCGCAAGCCCGGUCUUGCAUAUCAGAAGCUCGGUCAGCACCGACAUCGAGACAUCUUUGAUCGCGAAUGGACUGGCGACUACGAUGACCGCUACAUCUCAUCCUGGGACGGAAAGGUGUCCAAGCUCGUCGUACAAGCUGUCGACGAUAUCUACGAGAACAACACUGGAUCGACAUAUAGACGAACGUUCAUUCGUAAUGUCGCGCCCAUGUACAUGCGAUUGGCGAACUGGCCGUUCAAUCACAUUGACUUCGCGCGCAAUCACGGCAACAUCCCUAACGAAGACCUUCCUAUGCUUUGUCUCAAGUGGUUCGUCGCAUCCUGCUUCAUCACUAUAUUUAUUUCCAGCCCAAGCCCCGCUGAGAUUGCAUCUCGCAACGGUGGGAGCUACGAUGGCCUGCCAUACCAGUACUUCGGAUACCCCAAGGUUGCCAAGAACGCGAUCGAGAUGCACAGGCCCCAAGGUCAUGCUUCGAGCCAAGCUAACCCUGUCGCUGAACGUGUGUUGCGUCCUCGGUACUUGUGCUUCUUGCGCGAGCCAGGAAAGCCGGCGAUGAUCACCAAGGUUGACGAUUGGUUGGCUCAACAUGAUGCUCAUAACCUCUCGUAUGUCUUCAUCGCGUACACGGCUGAGCAGUUCAACACUCCCGAGGAUUUCAGGGUUCUACACCAAAUGGCCGACGUUGCGGCGCGCAAUGCCGGCGUUAUUGCGUACUGGGUAGGAUGCUCUUGCAUGCCUGACAAUCAACUGGAAGAAGAUGUCUACCGCAUAUGCGACGUCAUUCGAGGCGCGCAAUCUCUUGCAAUCGCAGUUGGCCCUCCAGCAAACAACAGCUACGAGAUCAACACGCCUGACCUCAUGCUUCAGCAAUGGGGCUAUCGAGUGUGGACCUUUCCUGAAGUCCUCUUAGCGCCUGCUGGUAAAGACAUCUGCGUCUACGUGCGCGAGAGCGAUCUUUCGCAUCCCUUACAGGUGCCGAAGAACCAGUUCGCCGCCAGAGUGUGGCAGAACGACGCGCAUGUCGCUCGACAGCUUAUCGACCAUUAUGAGGGAAACUUGAUCCUCAGCCAGCUCGAGCUAGUCACGCUUGCUCUCGAAUGCUUGCAUAACCGCAGCACCACCGAGCAUCUUCCCGGUGAUCACAGCUAUGCUCUGAUGGGCCUGCUUCGUGUCAGACCUCAGAUCGACCGAACGGACUCUGCUUUCCAAGCGUUCGCUCGACUCUCGCUUGCGAACGGUAGCGAUCAACUUCUCGAGCGCCUGAUUUGCAUGCUACCCAAAUAUCCAGACCAGCCCUGGCAUUCCAUGGACGAUGCAUACAAUGCUAAGCUCUGGGACAUACUGCCACAAGACGUCGGCAUCGCAGGUGUCGGAGAAGACGACAGCAUCAUCCUCGACGGUUGUCGCGCUGCAAAUGUCCGGUGGAAGUCUUUCACGCCCGUCGCCCAUACUCGGCGUGACUCCUGGAAGCGUUUCCUUGCGAAGGGGAUGCUGCGCCUCAGCGGCAUUAUCUUCAUCGCUGCAUGUGUGCUUGUCGCUAUUCCUGGACUUACAAAUACUAUAGGCGUCGUCUUGCUGCUCUACUCAUUGGUGGUCAUGGGCUUAUCACCAUGGCUGCUACGUCUACUCUUUCUCGGCAAGUUCUGGGAACAGCAGUGCUGGUUCUUUGGCUUCGAGGGUUACAUGGACUUGGAUACGAUCGAAACCCAAAUCUUUGGUGGCAGACUGGGACGCAUGAAGUGGACUGCAGCAGCUAGUCCGUUGUCAAGACAUCAUCGCAAUGUCCACGGCGAGUGCGUUCCCGUUGAUCCAACGUCCGACCCCGCCGUCGCAGCUCUCGUACAAAGAGCAAGGACUGCUGGACCAGGCGAGCAACGCGUCUUUACACUUGUUGAUACCGGUAACAUGACCGCAACGCUCUUCCUCGCCGAGCGUCCACCUGUGUGCUUCCUCAUGGCCGGCUCCGAAGGUGGUAUGAAGCGCAUAAUCGGUUGCUCCUACGACUGGACGACCGCCACAAUGUACAGGGAGACUGUUCUGAGGCUCGGGACUCAGUUUGAGGACAAAAUGCAGCGUGUUGGUCGCGUGAAGAUUGGCUUCAAGCGCAAGCAGCAUCCUUUCGGACCGUUCGAUCAGGUCGGUGAGGCGGCAGGGAAGGAGAUGCAGUAAGGCGCGCUUCUCCUCUCUUCAUUUCUUUUGCGUGAGGCUUGUAGCUAACGGUUUGUGGGCUACAUCUGGUUAUGAUGGAAGUAAUCAAGGGCAGAUCAUGCACUUUGCAGUCUUCGAGCUUUUCUUUUCGCUUCAAGUAGUUAAGGAAUUGUAUUUUCAUUCUCAUGCCAUUGUAUCAUUCCAAGCCCGCGGAGAACCUAAUGCUAU